AUGUAUAAAGAACUCGCCAAUAUUGGCUACAAGUAUACAAAAAGUUUAGCUAAAAUUUUCAAAGACCUGUCUAAAUUAUAUACCGAGCUCAUUCAUGAAGAGAUAAAAACGUAUCUCAAAGAACUCGAUAGAAAUACAAAUCGACGAUCUGAAUUCUUAAAAGCUUUGGAUGAGGCAUUUCAUGCAAGAGAACUUAUUCUAUUUGAUAAUUAUAUAAGCGACCUUUCUGCUUACUGUAACAAAGACAAAUUGUUUAUUAAGGAUGAAACACACAAGCUUUUGCAUGAAGUUAUUCUGUAUGGUAUUGAAAAAUUAAGUUAUAAGAAACAAAGAGAACUAAGGAAGAAAUUAGACAAAGCUGUUAAGGAAUAUUCAAAUAUUGACGUAAUGGAGAAAUUGCAAAUGUAUGAUAUACCAAUUCCUACACGAUGGUACAGCUUGGCUGAAAAAGAAAAGAAGUAG